UAUAUUCAUAAACAAACAGAUAACACGAGAGAAAAGGGUAAAAAGUAGCUUCGUUAUCCCAUUUUGUUACAGCCGUCACACGCUGCCGUUUUGCUUCUCUUUUUCGUCUGGUAACCCUAAUCUCUCUCCCCCCCUUCUAUAAUACACAUGCAUUUAUCCGUGCAUCAUCCAUCCUUUGAAUUCUCCGUUCUCAUUUUAAUAAAAUACUGAAAUCAAGCAUUUUUCGCAUAAAGAAACCCUUUUUUUAAUAGAAAUUGAAUGUUUUUUCUUGGGAUCAAUUGGUAGCAGGAGUGAGUGAGUGAGUGAGUGAAUUUUGGAUAAUAACGAUGCGGUUUUGUAGUUGAAUUGGAAGUGGUAGAGGUUUUUGAGUUUAUGUUAUGGCUCAGCAACAAUCUUCACGUCUCAAUCGGCUACUCACUUUAUUAGACACUGGUUCGACACAAGCUACAAGAUUGACUGCUGCGAAACAGAUUGGGGAUAUUGCGAAAUCGCAUCCUCAAGACUUGCAUUCUCUCCUGAAGAAGGUUUCUCAAAAUCUCCAUAGUAAAAACUGGGACACAAGAGUUGCAGCUGCUCAUGCGAUUGGGGCUAUUGCUCAGAAUGUCAAGCACAUUUCUUUGACUGACUUAUUUGCUUCUGUCGAAACAAAGAUGUCUGAGAUUGGGGUUUCGGGUCAUGUUGAAGAUUUGGUGGCAUGCCCUAAUUUUCAUUCUCAAAUAAUAUCAAACGGUUUAUUUAGAAGCUUUGAUAUGAACAAAGUGUUGGAGUUCGGUGCUUUGUUGGCAUCUGGAGGUCAGGAAUAUGACAUUGCAAAUGACAAUUCUAAGAAUCCACGGGAGCGAUUGGCUCGCCAGAAACAAAACCUGCGACGUCGUUUGGGUUUAGAUGUUUGUGAGCAGUUUAUGGAUGUCAACGAUGUGAUAAAAGAUGAAGACCUUGUUGUCCACAGACCAGAGUCUCAAAGAAACGGUUUAGAUCAUAGAUUUUACAAACACCCGUCUGUGCAUAACAUCCAGCAACUUGUUGCAAGUAUGGUUCCGAGUGUAAUUUCCAAAAGACCAAGUGCAAGGGAGCUGAAUCUCCUAAAGCGAAAAGCAAAAAUAAAUUCCAAAGACCAAGUGAAAAGUUGGUCAGAGGAUGGGGAUACAGAGGUUGCUUGUCCUCAGAGUACAACUCCAAAGGGCUCAAAUACAGACUCCUUUAGCUUUAAAAAGGCAGAUGCUGAUGAAGAAGACAACUUGGAACAUGAUGGAGAUGGGAGGUGGCCUUUCCAUGGUUUUGUUGAACAACUUAUUGUUGAUAUGUUUGACCCUGUUUGGGAGGUUCGCCACGGCAGUGUCAUGGCUUUGAGAGAAAUCGUAACUCAUCAUGGUGGUUCUGCUGGAUUGGUUGUGCCUGACUUGAGCUUGGAUGGUGCUCUUGAUGAACUCAGAGAGAGAGAAUAUUCAAAUGCCAUUAAAAGAGAGAGAGAAAUUGAUUUGAAUUUGCAAGUUAUAACAGAUGCGUUUGAGCCAAAUCCAAAAAGGCAUAAAUCUGAAGAUGUGUCAUCGCAGACAAUGGAUAUGAUGGUCUCUACUAGCAAUCUUGGUAGUAGUGACAUUUGUGUAAAACUUGAGCAUAGUGGAUGGAAUUUGCCUGUUGGGCAGGUUAAUAGCCAAGUUGAUAUCGUUAGUUGUGUUAAGAUGGAGCCCGAAUCUUACCCUAACGAUGCAUCUUAUUCUGCUGAAAGAGCUGUUGGCAUGGUAGAGUCAAAGGGUUACCCUGAACAUCAGGGUUCUUUUAUGAAGUCAAAUUUGCAGAACAGUUCUCCUGAAAAUUGCGAGCUGAUGAAUUUGGUUAAAUUGGCCAGACAUUCUUCUAUAAAAAAUAAUGAAUUUCUUCAAGAUUGUGCGAUUCGUUUCUUAUGCAUAUUAUCACUAGAUCGUUUUGGAGACUAUGUAUCUGACCAGGUGGUUGCUCCAGUACGUGAAACUUGCGCCCAGGCAUUAGGUGCUGCAUUUAAGUAUAUGCAUCACUCUUUAGUUUAUGAAACAUUGAAUAUUCUGCUUCAAAUGCAGCGUAGGCCAGAAUGGGAAAUUCGUCAUGGAAGCCUUUUGGGCAUCAAGUAUUUGGUUGCUGUUCGACAGGAGAUGCUGCCUGAUUUGCUUGGAUGCAUUCUACCUGCUUGUAAAGCUGGACUGGAGGACCCUGAUGAUGAUGUCAGGGCAGUUGCUGCAGAUGCUCUAAUACCUACUUCUGCUGCAAUUGUUUCCAUGAAGGGUCGGACAUUGCAUUCCAUUGUUAUGCUACUUUGGGAUAUCUUGCUUGAUUUGGAUGAUCUAAGUCCUUCCACUAGCAGUGUGAUGAAUCUGCUAGCAGAAAUAUAUUCCCAGGAAGAGAUGAUUCCCAAGAAAACAUCAAAAGAGAAACAAGAGUUGGAUUUAAAUGAAGUGGUACAUGUUGAUGAUGUUGGAGAAGGAAGAGACUUGCAAGAAAAUCCAUACAUGUUAUCGACAUUGGCACCACGAUUAUGGCCAUUCAUGAGGCAUAGUAUCACAUCUGUCCGACAUUCAGCGAUUCGAACUUUGGAGCGAUUGCUUGAAGCUGGUUAUAAGAGGAACAUUUCUGAGCCAUCCAGUACAUCAUUUUGGUCCUCCUUUAUCUUGGGAGAUACCCUGCGUAUUGUUUUUCAGAAUCUGCUGUUGGAAUCAAAUGAUGAAAUUUUGCGUUGUUCAGAGAGGGUUUGGAGGCUCCUCAUCCAGUGCCCAGCAGAGGACUUGGAAGCUGCUGCAAGUUCAUACAUGGCUUCUUGGAUAGAACUUACAACUACUCCAUAUGGCUCACCAUUAGAUUCUACAAAGAUGUUUUGGCCUGUGGCUCCACCUCGAAAGUCUCAUUUUAAAGCAGCUGCUAAAAUGAGAGCAGUAAGGCUUGAAAAUGAGUCUUGCAGCAGCAUUGGCUUAGAUUUUGAGAAAGAAACUAUUCCUCAGCAAAGAAAUGGCGAUGCUUCUGCUAGCACAGUCAAGAUAAUUGUAGGUGCUGAUGCUGAAAUCUCAGUAACUAAUACUCGAGUGAUUACGGCUUCAGCUUUGGGAAUGUUCGCUUCUAAGUUGCGUGGGGAUUCUAUGCAACACGUAAUAGAUCCAUUGUGGAAUGCUCUCACCUCAUUAUCAGGGGUUCAGCGGCAGGUAGCAUCAAUGGUUCUUAUAUCGUUGUUUAAAGAGAUUAAAGGGAAGGAAUCCUCUGAAAUCCAUGGGGUUAUGCCUGCUUUUCCCAAUCAUGUUGAGAAGUUGCUGUUUGAUUUGUUAUCUUGUUCUGACCCUGCACUUCCAACAAAAGAUUCAGUUCUUCCAUAUUCUGAACUCUCAAGGACUUAUACAAAGAUGCGCAAUGAGGCCAGCCAGUUAUUACAUGUCACCGAGUCAUCUGGCAUGUUCAAGAAUUCAUUGUCAACUAUUAAAAUAGAUGUGGAAAAAUUGAGUCCUGAUGAGGCAAUCAAUUUUGCAUCAAAAUUACCAUUAUCAUGCAAUGAUGGUGUUGGUGAUGAAUCUACUGGACACAACAUUGUUGAUGAUAUUGAUUCAUCAAAACAGCGACUUCUGACAACUUCAGGCUAUUUAAAAUGUGUUCAGAGUAAUUUGCAUGUUACUGUCUCCGCAUUAGUUGCUGCUGCAGUUGUCUGGAUGUCAGAGCUUCCUGCACGGCUGAAUCCCAUCAUUUUGCCCCUGAUGGCCUCAAUCAAAAGAGAGCAGGAGGAGAUAUUGCAACAAAAGGCUGCUGAAGCUCUUGCAGAGCUAAUUUCACGUUGUAUUGCACGUAAGCCUGGCCCAAAUGAUAAGUUGAUUAAGAAUAUUUGUAGUUUGACGUGCAUGGAUCCUUGUGAGACACCCCAGGCUGCAGUCAUUGGGUCCACAGAGGUUGUUGAUGAUCAAGAUCUUCUCUCCUUUGGGAUUAGUACAGGGAAACAAAAGUCAAAGGUUCAUAUGCUAGCUGGUGGUGAAGACCGGUCAAGAGUUGAGGGCUUUAUUAGCAGACGAGGUUCUGAACAUGCAUUGAAACAUUUAUGUGAGAAGUUUGGGGCUUAUUUAUUUGAUAAGCUACCAAAACUAUGGGAUUGCCUUGUCGAAGUUCUCAAGCCCGGAAGUCCUGCAGAUGAACAACUUGAAAAAACUAUCGCAUCCAUUAAGGAUCCUCAAAUCCUUAUAAAUAAUAUCCAGGUGGUGCGAUCUAUUGCUCCAUUACUGGAUGGGGCAUUGAAACCUAAAUUGCUCACACUUCUCCCUUGCAUUUUCAAAUGUGUGCGCCAUUCUCAUGUUGCAGUUAGAUUAGCUGCCUCAAGGUGUAUUACCUCAAUGGCCAAAUCUAUGACAACAAAUGUCAUGGCAGCUGUAAUUGAGGAUGCCAUUCCUAUGCUAGGGGAUGUAACGUCUGUCCAUGCCAGACAAGGUGCUGGCAUGCUUAUCAGUUCACUUGUUCAGGGACUGGGAGUGGAGCUGGUCCCCUAUGCUAGGCUACUGGUUGUUCCUCUUCUACGUUGCAUGAGUGAUUGUGAUCAUUCUGUCAGACAGAGUGUGACACGUAGUUUUGCUGCUCUUGUUCCUCUCCUUCCUUUAGCUCGAGGCCUAGCCCCACCUAGUGGACUGAAUGAAGGGUUAGCAAGAAAUGCAGAGGAUGCACAAUUUUUGGAGCAACUACUUGACAAUUCCCAUAUUGAUGAUUACAAGCUCUGCACUGAAUUAAAAGUGACAUUGAGGAGGUAUCAACAAGAAGGUAUAAAUUGGCUGGCCUUCUUAAAACGAUUCAAGCUUCAUGGAAUUCUAUGUGAUGAUAUGGGGCUUGGUAAGACCCUGCAAGCAUCAGCAAUUGUGGCAUCUGAUGUAGCAGAGUCUCGUGCUUUGAAUAACUGUGAGGAUGUUCAACCAUCUUUAAUUGUUUGCCCGUCAACACUUGUGGGACACUGGGCCUUUGAGAUAGAGAAGUACAUUGAUGCUUCUUUAAUUAGUACUCUACAAUAUAGUGGUUCUGCUCAAGAGCGCAUCAGUCUUCGAGAACAAUUUCAUAAGCACAAUGUCAUCAUAACAUCAUAUGAUGUAGUUCGCAAAGAUAUUGAUUACCUUGGACAGUCCCUGUGGAAUUACUGUAUUUUAGAUGAAGGACAUAUAAUCAAGAAUGCAAAAUCCAAAAUUACAGCUGCCGUGAAGAAGUUGAAAGCCCAGCAUCGCCUAAUACUUAGUGGAACACCAAUUCAGAACAACAUCAUGGAUUUAUGGUCCCUCUUUGACUUUUUAAUGCCAGGGUUCCUUGGAACUGACAGACAAUUUCAAGCCACUUAUGGGAAACCUUUGCUGGCUGCUAGAGAUCCUAAAUGCUCUGCCAAGGAUGCUGAAGCUGGGGUACUUGCUAUGGAAGCAUUGCACAAGCAGGUCAUGCCUUUUCUCUUACGAAGAACAAAAGAUGAAGUAUUAUCUGACUUGCCAGAGAAAAUUAUUCAAGACAGAUAUUGUGACCUGAGCCCUGUCCAGUUAAAACUUUAUGAACAGUUCUCCGGUUCCCUUGUUAGACAGGAGAUUUCAAGCAUGGUAAAGCUGGAUGAUUCAGCACAACCAGAAGGAAAUAGUGCUUCACCAAAAGCUUCCACACAUGUUUUUCAGGCACUUCAAUACUUGUUAAAACUUUGUAGUCAUCCAUUGCUUGUUGCUGGUGAAAAAAUGCCCGAAUCACUUGUAUGCCAGUUGCACGAACUCUUACCUCCAAAUUGUGACAUAGUUUCAGAACUUCAUAAGCUUCACCACUCUCCAAAACUAGUUGCUCUCCAGGAGAUUCUGGAAGAGUGUGGAAUAGGUGUGGAUGCUUCAAGUUCUGAUAAUGCUGUGAGUGUUGGGCAGCACAGAGUCUUGAUAUUUGCGCAGCACAAAGCCCUUCUUGACAUUAUUGAGAGGGACUUGUUUCAUUCCCAAAUGAAGAAUGUCACAUACUUGCGGCUGGAUGGAUCUGUUGAGCCAGAAAAAAGAUUUGAUAUUGUAAAAGCUUUUAAUUCAGAUCCUACUAUUGAUGCCUUGUUGCUUACGACUCAUGUUGGUGGGCUUGGUUUGAAUCUUACAUCUGCUGACACCCUUGUCUUUAUGGAGCAUGAUUGGAAUCCAAUGCGAGAUCUUCAGGCAAUGGACAGGGCACACAGAUUGGGGCAAAAGAAAGUUGUGAAUGUCCAUCGCCUGAUCAUGCGUGGCACUCUGGAAGAGAAAGUUAUGAGUCUCCAAAAGUUCAAAGUGUCGGUUGCCAAUGCUGUUAUUAAUGCAGAGAAUGCCAGUCUGAAAACAAUGAACACAGAUCAGUUGCUCGAUUUGUUUGCGUCAGCUGAAACCAGAGCAAAGGGAGCUACUGCUUCAAAGCGCACAGACGGCAACUUCGAUGGAGAUCGAAAAUUAAUGGGCACUGGGAAGGGGUUAAAAGCCAUCCUUGGUGGACUGGAGGAGCUCUGGGAUCAAUCGCAGUACACUGAAGAGUACAAUCUGUCCCAGUUCUUGGCCAAGCUUAACGGCUGAACCCUGGCUUCUCAUCCCAUGUACAAAGUGUAUAUUUGUGGUUGAGUUAGGAAAAAGAAAAUUUUGGCGUUUUAACCGAGCAUAUUUCCCCCAUUCUUUCUCUCCCCAUAGCUUUUUUUUUUUUUUUUUUGUUCUCCUGAUCGAUGUGGGAGACUGGGGAAGAAGGUUUUAGUGGUUGGUAUGGGAGCCUGAACGCAGAGAUGAAGGGUAUCGAGAAAAAUCUCAACCCAAAAUGUGCAUCAGAAGGGAAAGAGAUUUGUACAGUGCAAACAACCUGCAGGUGAACUUACCUCAAGGGGCCUUCUUCUUCAUCAUUGGAACGAUGCUCUGCUCCCUGGAGAAGCUCUGGUAUUUUUAUUUUUUUUUCCUUUGAUAGCAACCUUUGCCCCCUUUAAACCGCCGCCUCCUAAAUCCACUAUUAAGGUUGUUGGAGCGUGGCAAUUCCAUGCAUUGGCCAGCAUCAUAUUUCCAUAGCAUUUGUAUACAUUUGCCAGCAUUAUCUUUUACUGAAUACAAAAUUUAUGUUCCAACGAA